AUGCUGGGAGAUUUCAUUACAAGAAUCAUAAUAUUGCUUGUGGGUUACGCUUACCCAGCAUAUGGAUGCUACAAAUGCGUGGAAAAGAAAAAACCUGAGAUUCAAGAACUUCGAUACUGGUGCAAGUAUUGGAUAUUGGUGGGUAUUCUUACCGUUUUCGAAAGGAUAGGAGACAUCAUUGUAUCAUGGUUUCCACUAUACGGUGAGAUGAAAAUCGCUCUUCUUGUCUGCUUAUGGUACCCGAAAUCACAGGGGAUUAGCUACGUCUACGAGAAGCUUCUAUGUCCCUACAUGUCAAAACAUGAACUGAACAUCGACCAGGGAAUUUUAAUUCUAAAGAUCCGAGGACAUACUGUAAUAGUCCAUCUAUUGCAAUAUGGCUAUCAAUGGACUUUGCAAAUGUUUAGACAUAUGCAGCAACAAUUCGACAAGGUAUGUAAAGGAAAAACAAAAAGAUUCGUUUUCACGAAAACAAGAAACCUUUUUAAUUGUACAAGAACCAUUCACUUCUUGUUCUGCAGAAAAAUGAGCGAUCAAAGUCGAAAGAGAGACACAAAGCAGGAACCUCAACCUCGUUCAUGUUUCUCCGUUAGCUGUUGCAAAAGGACAGAACUAAAGUGUGUCACCGUAUUCACAAUAAACCGGUUUGUAAUAACCGGUUCAGAAUUUUGUAAAGCCAAACCGGUGAUUGACACAGAAAUCGAAAUCUCUUUAAAUUGAAAUCUUUUUUGAAUUAUUGUAUACAAACACUUGUGUUCGUCGCUAUUUAACAAUCCGAGGAACACAAACUGAUUGUAGAAUCCAACCAAACACACGUCUCAACAACUCCACACCAGCAGCGACGUAGAGCCACACACAACCAGCCGAAUCCUCCGACGAAGUCUGCGCCGUGGCCUGUAGAUAAGACCGAGCGGCUUGCUUAACGAGCGGGUCGCGGAUCGAGAUAUCUCCGGAUAACACGGGAGAGCUGGCGCCGUUAAUGGACGGUAGCUUGACGGAGGAGUUACUCGGAGAGGAGGAGAUGAUGUCUCUGAGAGAUGUGUAGGCGACGAAGGAAGGUGGUUUUAUGGAGAUGAGGUCGAAAUCGAAAGAAGACGAUGAUGGCGUUGAGGAAGAUUCGAUUGCGAAAGGGAUGUCGGUGGUGAUGAGAGGUGUUGGUGUGGCGAUGGAGAUUCUACGGCGGAGUGGAGUUGACGGCGGAGUCUCCAUAGUUUUUUUUUUUUGGGUUUGUUUUUGGUGUGAAGGAAGAAUAGGUUUUUUUGUGGCUGAUUGGGUAUCUGUGUAAAUAUGAGGUCUUAAUUCAAUUAUUGAUGUGUAUAAUAUGUUAAUAUUUUGUCACUAUCAUCUGUUGUAUUUAAUAUAAUAAUUGAGGGUUUAUUUUUUUUUUUGUAUUUUCUGAAUUAUUCUGGUUGGUGCUGGAGACCUAUUACAGAA